AUCAGUAGCUUCAGUUUUCUGUAUAAAAUUUUGGUAAAUACGUACAUAUAUACGUAAAAAGUUGCGCAAUUUGUUGCUGUCUGGGUUAAUUUUUUUAUCAAACAGUAACAAUUCGAGGAUGAAUUCGAGAGCGAGAUACCCGCCGCCGGGAAUGGGCGCUGGCCGAGGCGGAGGCGGAGGUGGAGGCGGCGGCGGAAUGAACCCGCACGCAGGACCAAACCCUAAUUUUCAACCAAGAUACGCAAAUCAACAAUACGCAGAGAGGAGUCCAGCGCGGAACAAUCAGAAUCAGGAAUUAUUUCAAAACCCUCAACCGCAACAAUGGCUGCGAAGAAAUCAGCUUCCGCCGGUUGAUUCCGCAGUCGAUGAGGUCGAAAAGACUGUACAAUCAGAAGCCGUCGAUUCUAGUUCCCAAGAUUGGAAAGGAAGAUUGAAGUUGCCACCAGUAGACACCCGAUAUAGAACUGAGGAUGUUACAGCGACCAAAGGAAACGAGUUCGAAGACUACUUUUUGAAGCGCGAGCUUCUGAUGGGAAUAUACGAGAAGGGCUUUGAGAGGCCAUCUCCAAUCCAAGAAGAAAGCAUUCCAAUCGCUCUUACCGGAAGCGAUAUUUUGGCUAGAGCAAAAAAUGGAACUGGGAAAACUGCUGCCUUUUGCAUUCCCGCCUUAGAGAAAAUUGAUCAAGACAAAAACGUUAUUCAAGCUGUUAUUCUUGUCCCGACAAGAGAGUUGGCUCUUCAAACAUCGCAAGUUUGUAAAGAACUCGCUAAGCACUUACAAAUUCAAGUCAUGGUUACUACCGGUGGAACUAGCUUAAGGGAUGACAUCAUGCGUCUCCAUCAACCCGUUCAUUUACUCGUCGGGACACCUGGCAGAAUUCUGGAUCUCGCUAGAAAGGGAAUUUGCAUCUUAAAUGAGUGCAAUAUGCUUGUGAUGGACGAGGCUGAUAAACUUUUGUCGCCAGAGUUUCAACCUUCGAUCGAGCAAUUAAUUCGAUUUUUAUCUGCAAACCGUCAGAUACUUAUGUUCUCUGCCACAUUCCCUGUUACCGUAAAAGAUUUCAAAGAUCGAUACCUGCGAAAGCCCUACGUCAUCAACCUUAUGGACGAACUUACCCUCAAGGGUAUAACCCAGUUUUAUGCUUUUGUCGAAGAAAGACAAAAAGUUCAUUGCCUCAACACUCUCUUUUCGAAGCUUCAAAUAAACCAAUCAAUUAUUUUCUGCAAUUCCGUGAAUCGAGUUGAACUUCUUGCCAAGAAAAUCACAGAGCUUGGCUAUUCUUGCUUCUAUAUUCAUGCUAAAAUGCUCCAAGAUCAUCGUAACAGAGUGUUUCAUGACUUCCGCAACGGUGCCUGCAGGAAUCUUGUGUGCACUGACUUAUUUACAAGGGGUAUAGAUAUUCAAUCUGUAAACGUCGUAAUCAAUUUCGAUUUCCCCAAGAAUGCAGAAACAUAUUUACACAGGGUCGGUCGAUCUGGGAGGUUUGGGCAUCUUGGAUUAGCCGUGAAUUUGAUCACAUACGAGGACCGCUUCAAUUUGUAUAGGAUUGAACAAGAAUUAGGGACAGAAAUCAAGCAAAUCCCUCCGCAGAUAGAUCAAGCUAUUUACUGCCAAUGAUCUACGGUCGCUGCCAUUGGGUUUAUGGUUGGAGGUGGCGACACUGAGAAACGGUUUACUGUUGGAGAAGUGACAUGAUUGGUUGUCGGGGAUAUUGGUCGGUGAAAAAAAAGGUACUUGAAUUUACUACACGAGGCAUGUGAUGCAAGAAUUUCUCGGAUAGUGGCAUAUGAAGGAUUUGAAAUUUAUAUCGACAUUUAAGGUGUUGUUCAUUAGCUAAGCGGCUGCCCGUCACACCUUUGAGCCGUGUUAUUUUCUGUUUAAUUAAGUUAGAUCUAUGUAAGUCGAUCGGUUUGAUGCAAAAAAAGGUUUUCUAUUUGAGCAAAGUGAGAUUUUGUACCUUUUCAAGAAGUUGGUCUUGGAAGUGUGAAUUUUAUUUUGUUUCGUUCGGGAUUUUAUUAUUACGACGUUUGUUUGUCUACCAAAUUCGCAAAUAAGGUGAGAUAAGUAUUUGCAUUUUGCUUGC